AGCUCCUUCUCAGCUCUCCAUCCACUAUCACCUGUUCCUGUUCUACUCUUUCAGCGGUUGCACUGACUGGUAAGCAGUUUACAGGACAGCAGAAUGAGUACUAAGAAGUCUCCAGAAGAAAUGAAGAGCAUUUUUCAAAAAUAUGCAGCCAAAGAAGGCGAUCCAAACCAGCUAUCAAAGGAGGAGCUGAAGCUGCUGAUUCAGUCUGAAUUCCCCAGUCUCCUGAAGGGUGUGAAUACUCUAGACAGUCUCUUUGAAGAGCUGGAUAAGAAUGGCGAUGGAGAAGUUAGUUUUGAAGAAUUCCAAUCAUUGUUCAAAAAGAUGUCACAAUGAAGACGCCAUGAAUAAGAAGCCCGAACACCAUCUACUGAUUGAAUUCUUUGCUGUUAUAGAGUCUAGCUGUUAAUAAAGCAAAUUCUGAGACAUGGCUUUCUUGUCAA